UGUAUGUCUUUCUCUUCUGAGAUGAAGUCAAUCUCACCGACGCGUCCGUACCUGAAACCGACUAUAAAGACUGAUAGCCAGGGGCUAUCAACAACCUUUCAAUUGGAGGUCCCACCGAGAUCGGGAGGUCAACCCGUUUGCGGUCACCCGGAAAAUACCCACCCUUUCCAGGCCGGAGAUCGUAUUGUGGUGAAACAGCUGACCAGAAACAAGAAACAGCAGGAUUUCGCCUAUGGAGCAGAAACUACGGUUGUAGCAGUAACCAGAACAGCAGUCCUCACUGAACAUAGUUCCAUCUGGAUCCAUGCUCCAGAGCAAAGCUGGUCAAGAAAGGCCCAGGACCAGACCCAAGGAAAAAAGGAAAGGAGGUACUAACGGGGGCAGAAAGCCCUGACCUCGAACAGGACAAUCACGGAAAGGGGGUAUUAACGGGGGUAGAAAACCCUGACCCUGAAGAAGAGAUGAACUGCUUCCCCAAUUUUGGACCAUGGUUCUGCCACUUUCUCCUGAUCAUACUGAUUUUGUUGGCACCUAGCCAUGGUGAAGUGGUGAUAAUACAGGACUCAGGCCACA